GCAGUUCAUCUGAGGAUGGUAACAGCUCUAAACCUGCACGUGCAUGCGCACAGCAGCUGGUCUGAGCCUGCGCUACAGGUUGACGGAGGACACGCGCGUCAGCACGUCGGAGUGCCAAAUAACGCAGAGGACGGCGCAAACCGGGAGCGAAGUCCGCACAGGAAGUCUCUGCGCAGCUUUGCUUCAACAUUUCCCAGCGCGCGCCGUCAUGCAGCGGAUUGAUGGUAGGUCCCGAUGUCGGCCAUGCGCGUGGUCCGCGGGCUUUCUGUGCGUUUUGUCGCUGUGUUUGGUACCUGGAGAGCUUCACCCGCAGUGUUUGGACUUCAAGCCUCCGUUCCGGCCGCUGAGGGAGCUGCAGUUCUGCACCAUGUACAAAGAGUUUGGCUGCUGCGACUAUGCGCGAGAUCAGGAGCUGAUGGCCAGAUUUUACCAGAUUACUGCACGUUACGAUCCCACAGAAUAUGCCAGCUGCGCGGGGUACCUGCUGGAGCUGCUCUGCCAGGAGUGCUCUCCAUACGCAGCUCACCUUUUUGAUGCCGAAGACCCAAGCACCCCGGUCAGAACCAUCCCAGGCCUCUGUCCGAACUACUGCUCCCAGAUCUGGACCAGGUGUCCCUUCCUGGUCCCAGCUCUGUCCGAUGACCCCCGUCUGAUCAAAGUCAAAGACAACCGAACGAGUCUCUGCCGGCUCCUGGAGCUGGACGAUGCAGACUACUGCUACCCCCACCUGCUCAGCAACCAGAAGCUCACCAAGAACCUGGGUCGUGUCCAGAGGGACGUGGACGGCUGUCUGAACCUCUGUCUGGAGGAAGUGGCCAACGGGUUGCGCAACCCGCUCGCCAUGGUCCACGCCAACGACGGCACGCAUCGGUUCUUCGUGGCAGAACAGGUGGGGUUGGUGUGGACGUUCCUUCCCGACCGGUCCAAGCUGGAGAAGCCGUUUCUGAACAUAACCAAGGCAGUGCUGACGUCGUCCUGGGAGGGCGACGAACGAGGCUUUCUGGGAAUCACCUUUCACCCCAAAUACAAGUACAACAGGAAGCUGUACGUGUACUACUCCGUGGAGGUUGGCUUUGACGAGAGGAUACGGAUCAGUGAGUUCAAGGUGUCGGCCAGCGACAUGAAUGUGGUGGAUCACACGUCUGAGCGAGUUAUCCUGGAGAUCGAUGAACCAGCUUCCAACCAUAAUGGGGGGCAGCUGCUGUUUGGAGAUGAUGGCUACCUGUACAUCUUCACAGGGGAUGGUGGAAUGGCAGGAGACCCGUUUGGGAAAUACGGAAACGCCCAGAACAAGUCAGCUCUUCUGGGGAAAGUUCUUCGUAUUGAUGUGGACAAUAACCAGAGAGGCCCGUUGUACCGAAUCCCUCCAGAUAACCCCUUCCUGAACGAUGGCAGAGCACGACCGGAGGUUUACGCUUACGGCGUCCGCAACAUGUGGAGGUGCUCGGUGGACCGCGGUGACCUGCGGACCAAAGAGGGAAAGGGACGAAUCUUCUGUGGAGAUGUGGGCCAGAAUAAGUUUGAGGAGAUUGAUAUCAUUGAGAAAGGCCAGAACUAUGGUUGGAGGGCUAAAGAGGGUUUCUCUUGCUACGAUAAGAAGCUGUGCACCAACAGCUCACUGGAUGAUGUGCUGCCUAUUUACGCGUAUCCUCACAAGAUGGGGAAGUCUGUGACGGGCGGCUACGUCUACCGUGGCUGCGAGUACCCCAACCUCAACGGCAUGUACAUAUUUGGAGACUUCAUGAGUGGCCGUUUGAUGACCCUGAAAGAGGACGGCGGCGCGGGGCAGUGGAAGUAUAAUGAGAUCUGUAUGGGGAUGGGUCUGACCUGUGCCUUCCCUGGACUCAUCAACAACUACCACCAGUACAUCAUCUCGUUUGCUGAGGAUGAAUCUGGUAACGGCUCUGCCUCCAGCCAGCCUUCGUCUACAGGGUUCUCGCUUUCACUGUGUUUCGUUUGUUUUUCUGCAGGUGAGCUGUACUUCAUGUCCACUGGGAUACCGAGCGCAAUGUCCCCGUCUGGAGUCGUUUACAAAGUGGUGGAUCCGUCCAGACGUGCUCCUCCACGGCACUGUUCCUACGACCCACUUCCUGUCAGAGUAAAAAGUAAUCUCAUCAAGUUUGUUCCCCAAGAAUCUUUGAUUGGUGUGGAGCCCCCAAGCAAGAACAAGCCUGAGCCACAGCCCACACAGUCACAUGACUGGCUCCAAGAGCUCAUUGAUCUUUUUGAUAAGAUCGAGCCAACGCUGACCACACCUGCACCAAGCACAACCACCACCAAACCAGCCAGGAGUUCCAGGCGCAAAGGCCGGCGCAGGAAGGGCAAGCACAGGACAGACGGCGCUCCGGAGGUCCUGAAUGGAGCCGUCAGGCUGGUUGGGGACCAACAUGGAAGUAGUGACCGUGGACGGGUGGAGAUCUACAUUAAUAGGGAGUGGGGAACCAUCUGUGAUGACUUAUGGACCACUGAGAAUGCUCAGGUGGUUUGUCGGCAGCUAGGCUUCCCAAACGCUCUGAAGGCUGCCAGGAAUUCUGAGUUUGGUGAGGGGAAGGACCUGCGGAUUCUUCUGGAUGAUGUUCAGUGUGAAGGGACCGAGGCCACCCUCCUGGACUGCACACAUGCUGGUGUGGGGACACAUAACUGUGCCCACUAUGAAGAUGCUGGAGUGAUCUGCGGCAACUCUGAACUGGUUGUGGAAGCCUAAAAGCUGACUACAAGAACCUGUGGUUGAUUAUCGUGGACUAAAAUCUGUUGACUUAUAAUGAAGUCAGUUUAACGUUACAAUACUGAAGCAGGAAUGUGUGAGAAAAUCAAAAUAUUCCAGAACUUAUAUGAUUAAAGAGGAAUUCCAUGCUGGGAUGGAAGGAGCAUUCUCCCAUUUUCUGUUUAAAGGCAUUGUUGGUUUGAUUAGCUUUUGUUUGGCUAAAAACAGCGAGGGAAGAGGUGGAGAAAGAAAAGCGUUGGAAGUUGAAUCUUAAAGGGAGUUUUUAAAUGAAUCGCUGAAUGAAAGGCCAACUAAGAACAUAAAACUAUAAUUCACCAGUAUACACGAAGCUGUGCUAAUGUGUUAUGUGCAGUGAUUUUAAGUCACUGUGUUAAUAAUAAAGAUGUUUUAGUUUGGAACUAAUUCAGAAUGUAUCAUUUUUAAUGUGAACAGGUUUGUUUAAUAUUUCAUUAUGAUGCUUAAAAAUGGACAAAUAUCAGAUUUAAUAUAGUAAACAGGAAAACAAUAUGGCGUCUAAGUAAACCGACACGUGAUGUCACCACGCUGAUGUCCAACCUGCGGGAAAGUCGGCGUGUUGUUUAGAUCUUUGUUUUUCAUGCUGUGACUGAAUGUUUAAUCUUAUUUAACACAUGUUAAAUUGUUGUGUUUGGACCAGCUGAAUAAAUAAGUCCUUCCUGUU